CGUUUUCCUUGUAUUUGCGCAGAGAGGACAUUCGGACGAGCCUAACGCGGGCUUCUCUGAUGUAUCCCCCAUUCAGCGACGCUGCCGUUCAGCUAACGGCGCAUCUCCACGCGCUGUUUGCGCUUCUCACGUGCGCCCGGAUUUCCUUAUCUGUUUAUUUACAACACCGCGGCUUAUUGAACAAGAUCUCUUCGCUACUUUAAGGAGAAUAAAGUUCGUAAUAAAUAAUGCAUACAAAGUUAAGUGAUCACUUCGCUAUGGGACCCAGCCAUAUGAAGGCUGAUGGGAAAUGCAGUCUCUCACAGCUCAUUUGAAGGCACUCUGGUGAAGGUUGUGAUCAUUAGCUGAUGGGGUGGUGGCUAAAGAAGAAAACAUUUGAAUCAUCUGAAUAGAGCAGUGGUGCCAAAGUGAACGGAGAUCUCUGACUGCCUUCACUCUAAAAGCAAAGCCUGUCGGGAAGCCUACAGCCAGUGAAACAGAAGCAGUAACAUACAAAGAUCUAAAUGUGAAGCACUCCCAUGAUGCAACAUGUGUCCCCAGCCCCAGCACUGACAAUGAUGGCUGCACAGAGUGUUCCGCCCCCUUCGUACCAAGAGAGCCAACAGAUGACGGGUACAACUCAGCAGACACCCAAGGCCCAGCCAGUCCACAUCCCAGCAUCUUCAACAUCAGGGGCUACACCAGUAAGUGUGGCCCUUGACCCACAGGCUCAGCUGGAAUCCGACAAGCGAGCAGUUUAUAGGCACCCACUCUUCCCACUGCUGGCUCUGCUCUUUGAGAAGUGUGAACAGGCUACACAAGGUUCGGAGUGCAUCACCUCAGCAAGCUUUGAUGUAGACAUUGAAAACUUUGUCCACCAACAAGAGCAGGACCACAAGCCCUUUUUCAGUGAGGACCCUGAACUUGACAACCUGAUGGUGAAGGCAAUCCAGGUGUUGCGGAUCCACCUGCUGGAACUGGAGAAAGUCAAUGAGCUCUGCAAGGACUUCUGCAACCGCUACAUCACUUGCCUCAAGACCAAGAUGCAUAGUGACAACCUUCUUCGUAAUGACUUGGGUGGGCCAUACUCCCCCACACAUAAUUCCCUCAGCGUUCAGCAGGACCUCCUACAGAGCUCAGCCCCCUCCAUGACAACAGUCUCCAGCUCUGUCAACCCCUCCGGGAUCGUUGUCCCUGCAAGUGCUCUGCAGCAGGGCAACGUCGCCAUGACGACCAUCAACUCGCAAGUUGUUUCAGGUGGGACCUUGUACCAGCCGGUUACCAUGGUUACCUCACAGGGUCAGGUGCUGACCCAAGCCAUCCCCCAGGGAACUAUCCAGAUCCAGAAUACACAGGUCAAUCUGGAUAUCGCCUCUCUUCUGGACAAUGAUGACAAGAAAUCAAAAAAUAAGCGUGGUGUCCUGCCCAAACAUGCCACCAACAUCAUGAGAUCCUGGCUCUUCCAACACCUCAUGCAUCCCUACCCUACGGAGGAUGAAAAGCGUCAAAUUGCUGCACAGACCAACCUCACUUUACUGCAAGUCAACAACUGGUUCAUCAAUGCACGGAGACGAAUCCUCCAGCCUAUGCUGGAUGCCAGUAACCCUGAUCCGGCACCAAAAGCCAAGAAGAUGAAAUCUCAGCACAGGCCAACCCAACGCUUCUGGCCAGACUCUAUUGUCGCUGGAGUCCUUCAGCCUCAUGGAAUCCGUGCUGGCAGCAAUGCUGAUGGUACUUUGACGAUGGACAACUUGCAGCCUCUCUCAUCUGAUUCUGCAACGCUAGCAAUGCAGCAAGCCAUGUUGGGUGGUGGUGGGGAAGAUUCACUCGAUGGCACAGAGGAAGAGGAUGAGGACGAAGAGGAAGAGGAGAUGGAGGAAGAGGAUGAGGAGGAGGAGGAAGAAGAACAUCGACAGCAGUUGCAUGCUAGCGCAGUGGGCGACCUGAGCUUGGAGCACAAUGAGUCUUUGGAGUAAAGCAGGACUUGGGUUCCAGUGGGGGAGAGGAAUGGGGUGUGGUGUCCCAAGCAUGGGUUUAAUCUGAACCACAAGGACAUGAGGGACAUGAAGAUACUCCUCGUCAUACUUUACAAAAUCACCAUGAUCUGAAAAGAUUUUGCAUAUGAAAAAAAAAAAAUACCUUGACUUUGAGGAAGAUUCAAUUAUUGUAAUGCAAAAUGGCAGUGACAGCAGCCAUGUUUUAUUUAAUAUAAAAAUUAAAAGAUUGGACCAUUGACUUGCUCUGUCUGUCAACAAACAAAUCCAGAGAAUGGCCCACUGCCCUUAUCUUGAAUUUAAUCAAACAUUUAAAAAAACACCCUGUCUCACAGAUCUGAACUAUACUGAGAGUAUAGGGUCAAAAUGAAAGUGCUUUUUUUGUCUUGAAUGAAACUCAGAUUUAAUGAAAAAGAGCAAAAAAGUCACAACAGAGUUGUAAGGGCACAUGAAAGAUGACUGGAACAGCCAAUAAGAGCAACAAGUAACUCAAAACAUGCAAAACAAGGUUUCUGCCCUUCAUCUCAAUCAGACUGGUAAUGUAAGUGAAAAUAAUUGUCGCGAACUGGAUGGAUGCAGGGCUUGGGGACUUUAAAAGACACUGAAGAUACAGAUUCAUUUGAAGGCUCCAUAGACUGUGAAAGACAUUUUUCUGUUUUAUUUUAUAUGUUUCAACUGUAGGAACAAACAAACAAAAAUGCAAAUGAAGCACCUCUUCUCCAGCGUGUGUGCGUGUGUUGGCGUGAAGAAGUUCUUUUUUUCUGUUUGCACAGAUUCACUGAAUGUUCUUUGUAAAGUCAGCUGACUGGUUUCUGGUUUUAGUUUUUAUUUCUGCAUGAUAUUAUUUUGUCCACCAAAGGAAUCACACACCCUAUGACUGAGCCCUGGACCAAUUGGUAUCAAAAAAAGCAGAAAACCUCUCUGGCCUAAUCCUAGUGGUCAAUAUUCCCAAAUCAGGGCCUUAAAAAUUUAACAAGGGAACCAAUGCCAGCCUCCUGGACAUAGUCCUAAUUACCACAUUACUCGGCCAAUUCUGGAAAAGUGAACCAUAGUAUUACUAGCUGUCUAGCUACCAGUAGCCCAGCAUUAUCCUUUUAACCAUAACUAGACCAAUGAGCCAAUUAGACUCCUCAUUCACCCAAAUCAAAUACCUGAAUUAGAUUGUCAUCCAGUCACAUUGCUGGCUAACCGUUAAUGUGCUCUCAUGUUCAUCUUUUCAUCUUUCCAUUCCCAACAUUUCUAAUAAUUAUCAGUUCCUCUUUCUUUUAGGCUGGCAUCUGUGGAGGAAUAUUUCAGAUAAAAAUAAAUAAAUGCUUUUUAAAAUGUGACAGUAAAUACAGUAUUUGGGCAUAAAUAAUUAAAUGUGCCAUGAAAUGUUUUUGUUGCCUAUUUACUGUGUUUUAAUUGAUCAGUUUUUGACAGAAUAGACAUACGUCAUCAGCCAUUAAGUGCCCAUUUACAGCAGACACUUCAGAUGAAGACUCCUGAUGAAUUCAGAGCUUCUUGAAUUGAAGUAACUGCUUUAUCCCGCAAGUCUAGGCAACUGUUUCUUUGCAUUCGUAUCUGCCACAGACAGGCAGAGUCAUGACUUUAAGCAUCCACUUUACUAAUCAAAACACAGGCUUAGGCAUUAGAGCCUGCACACUCAAAUUUGAUGUGUGUUAAUGACAGUUUUCAUUUCAAGGAGUAUUCCUUGUUGCAUGAAGUGUCACUGAAAUAAAUACAUGAAACAGUUAAAUACAUACAUAAAGAAAAAAGCAACAAAACAUAUAUCAGGAAAUAUUUAAUUAUUUAUGCUUAUAUAUCAUUGUGUUUUUAUGUAUUUAUUGUCACAUUUCAGAAUUCUUUUAUUUAUUUAUUUAUCUAAUUUUGUCCGAAACAUUUCUCCAUAGACAUUGUUACAUUUAAUGUUGAAAAUGAUUAAAAACUGAACCGCAGCAACAGGCAAGACCUUUCUCCUUCAGAUCCCGUCAGUCUCAUUUGUGAGAGCAUUGGAUUAUGGAUUACACAUUUGCCUCAGAACUGCCACAAACACAAAACGUUGGAAGCGCUUUACGUGUUCAGGUCUGCUUUGGACUGCCGCUCACAGUGGAUGACAAGCGGAUGUUAUGGGCCUUAUUUCAAGCGGGCAGGGCCCCCUUGGUUGGACACGUUGCCAUUAUGUUAUAGGCUGCAAUGAAAUUCAAAAGCACAGAAAAUAAAUGAGACUUAAUUGCUGGGAACUUAUUUAAAAAACACAAAAUUUCCAAUAAAGAGAUUCUGAAUGUUUAAAAUAUAUAAACAGUAAUUUAUCUUUUUUGUUAUGUUUUUACUCCUUUCUUGUUAACUUUAAUAUUUGUCUUGGUGUGCCAGGAAGACAUUCCAUGAUACAAAUGAGACCUUAAAAUGUGCAACAGUUGGCUUACUGAUUUAAUCUUUAGACAAAUGUCUAUUUUCUUUUUCUGUUAUUUGUGAUUUCUUAAAAAAGGUCCUGCAAACCCUGAAUAGGAGUAAGUGGGAGGAUGUCAUUAAAAUUGCUUGUUAAAACAAGUUCAUUUUUAUCAUAAUGAUUAAUCAUUGAAACUAAAAUGUGACAAAGUUUAUUUUGGUAUUUUUUUGGUUAAAA